CAAAUCAGAUAACUUUUGUCCAGUGUGGUGAGCAUGCGCAGUUGACUUUCUUACGAUCGCUCACCUCAGUGGCGUAGGCGUGUGUGACUCGUCAGUAAGGUUGGAUACUCCAAGCAGUGCGGAUGUAUGUUUAUUAAUAAAUAGACAGUAGUGCGAUAAACUGUUCGUAAUGAUUAUAUUUGCGUGAAACAUUGCGAAUUAUCGCCGAAAUAGUUACUAGAAAAUGGCAGGUGAUAUUUGGUGUUAUUCUUCAUCUACGACAAGGUGCUUUUACAGUGAUUCGGUGCAGUGGAAAUCGGUGCUUGUUUGGGUAUUAUUGGUGAUCACGACUCUUCCCGCUGUUCUGUCACAGAAUCAAGGUCCUUCAUCCGAUUUUAGCAGGCAUCAGAUAUUUAGGCCAAUAGUCUAUCACGGUAGAAACAAAAGGGAAAUUUCAUCAACCAAAGAAAAUGACAUCGAGCAUGUCGACGUGCUGUCAGUUCAUUACGAGUUAGACGGCGUAGAAAGGAUCCUGGAUCUUCGAUUGAAUAAAGAUCUCAUUGCCUAUGGUUAUCAACAGAGACACCAACACAAAGGCUCUUAUAAAGUACAUAUUCCAUCAAAAGUUGAAAUAUGUAACUAUCAAGGGAGUAUCAGAGAUGUGCCUGGAUCUUGGGCUGCAGUUUCCACAUGCAAUGGCUUGAAAGGAGUCAUUUACGAUGGCAAAGAUCUUCAUCACCUACAUCCCGAGAUUGAGACACUAAAUUCUAAACACUUUAUUUAUAAACAUAAAGAUCUCAUUGCCAAUCGCACAUGUGGCUACGAAGGAACGCCGCACGAUAUUCUUACUGGUGAUUUGAAAAAAUUCCAUCGAGCCUCCAGGAAUAAAAGAGCAACUGAAACAAUAAGAGGCCCAUACAAUGCAAAUCGACAAUCGAGAUAUGUGGAAUUAGUUCUUGUAAUUGACAAAAAAGAAUAUAUGGCUUUCGAUGAAAAUCUCGAUAAAGUUUAUCAACGUUGCAAGGAUAUUGCGAAUAUUAUAAAUGCGUUUUAUACGCCACUUAAUAUAUAUAUUGCACUGGUGGGCGUCGAAGUGUGGUCAGAUUCAGAUGAAAUACCGCUCUCUGUUAAUGGAGACUCGACGUUAUCAAGCUUCCUGCGCUACCGCAGAGAAACACUAGUCAAAGCAAUUCCAAAUGAUAAUGCCCAAUUAUUAACGAGAAUACAAUUUGACGGUGGUGUUGUUGGGAAAGCUCUGAAGGGACCAAUAUGCACCUAUGAAUUUUCUGGAGGAGUCUCUAGUGAUCAUUCGAAUCAAGUUGGUGUUGUCGCAGCCACUGUGGCACAUGAAAUUGGUCAUAAUUUCGGCAUGGAACACGAUGCACCAUCACCUGAAUGUGAAUGUCCCGAAGAAAGAUGCAUUAUGGCACCAUCGAGUGGAUCGGCAGGACCCGUUCAUUGGUCGUCAUGCUCAUUAGAAUAUUUGGCACUUGCCUUUGAGCAUGGAAUGGAUUAUUGUCUACGUAAUAAACCACAAAAGUUAUUUGACAGUCCAGUUUGUGGCAAUAGUUUCGUUGAACCAGGUGAACAAUGUGAUUGUGGAUUAAAAGAAAAUUGCGAUAAUCCAUGUUGCGAUGCAUCCACAUGUAUGUUGCAUGCAAAUGCAAGUUGUGCGACAGGUCAAUGUUGCGAUCUCAAGACAUGUCGACCAAAAACUGCCGGCACUGAAUGUCGUUCAGCGGAGCAUGAAUGUGAUUUACCGGAAUUUUGCACUGGUCAAAGUGAAUAUUGUCCGAAUGAUGUCUAUAAAAUUGAUGGCGAACAAUGCAAUAUGGGCAAAGCUUAUUGCUAUCAGGGAUCGUGUCGAACUCACAACGAUCAGUGUAAAUUACUUUGGGGACCAACUGGCGUUUCAUCUGAUCCCCAGUGCUAUUCGAUGAAUAAUAAAGGCAAUAAAAAUGGAAAUUGUGGAUUUAAUCGAAUUGACUCGUCUUACUAUAAAUGUAACAAUAAGAGUAUCCUCUGUGGUAUGCUUCAUUGUAAACAUUUAAAUGAAAGACUGGAAUUUGGAAUGGAAUCCGUCGCAACACUCAGUCACUCGUUUAUAAAUAGUAAAGGCAAUAUUAUUGCUUGUCGUUCAGCAAUUGUUGAUUUAGGCCUAAAUGAAGUCGAUCCUGGACUUGCACCUGAUGGCGCUAAAUGUGGACCCGGAAAGAUGUGCGUGAAUCAAAAAUGCAUGCCAGUGGCUGAUUUACGAGCAAAAAUUUCCGAGGGACAAGCAUGUCCAAAUAAUUGCGGUGGUAAUGGAGUUUGUAACAGUCUUGGGCACUGUCAUUGUAAUCGUGGAUUUCAAUAUCCUGAUUGUACACAACCGGGAUUUGGUGGAUCUGAAGACAGUGGUCCAGCCGAGGAUCCAAAUGCGAGGAACGACUUUAUCACUGCUACCUACAUUAUUUUCUUGGGUAUAUUACCGACACUUGGUUUAAUUUUACUUGGUGUAUGGUAUCGAAGAAAUAAUCCUAAUAAACAAUGGAAGAAAGGAGCGCUCUCUAAAAUCACUCGUGGAACAUUGCCAAUCAAAUCGAGCGAACGUCCAAAUCCCUUGCCGCGAACCAUUGAGACAAUUGACUCGAGCCUCAGUCAAGACCCGGCGUGCGCAAGUUUACUCCCAAAAUCCGAUUCCGAUGAACGUUACAACAACAACUUCUUUGGACACUUCAAAGGCUUCAGUAUCACUCCCAUUCAUAAGCAAUCACAUACCGAGCCAACAAAGCCAGCUCCACUUCCACCCACUGUUCCAACAGUUGCAAUCAAAACCAACAUCAAGCCACUACAAAGGAUCAACAGUUUUCGAUCAGCACUUUCAAGUCCACCCGUUAACGUUCCCACAAUUGCACCAGCAUUACCGCCACUCAAUCCCGGAAGCACUGCCAGGCCUUUAAUCAGCAGUCCAGUUUUGGCAGCCACCACGUGCACAUCUCUCGAAUUAAUCGGCUCAAAAACAAAUUCAAAUUCCGAUUGUAAUCCCGUCCGUCCAGCUCCCGAUAUUCCCGAUAUUCCAACACGUCCAGCACCCGAACCACCAAGGGAAAAAUCCACAAGACCUCUAUCAAACACAAUAACACUGCCGCCAUCAUCAUCAUCAUCAUCAUCAUCGGAGCCCGAGAAGAAGGAAAAAUCCGAAAAAGGAGGUAUAACCCUAAAUAGAAUUGCAUCCAUAUUACGUCCAAAUUCCGGUAUUAUAAAAUCAAUUUCACAACCACUUACUGCCGGCAAUACAAAUUCCCUACCACGUUCACAGCAUCACAAGGCCAAUAAAGUCAUUGACAAGGAAAUUCUCCGCAAUCUUGAAAUUUCUCAUCCAAUACCACAAUCUGAAAUAGAAAUACCCACAGCUACAAUUCUCAUCAACAAUUCCAAUUCGCCAGAGAAAAAAAAUCCCGUCUCCCGUGCUCAUUCAAUGAGAGAUUCCAAAGUUUCACAAAGACCUACAAUUCAUAGUUUUGGAUCAAUGCGACAAACAAAUUCAUUGAAACGACCAACGAGCAUUCCUUCAAGUACACGACCCACUUCACCACCACCUGGACCUCCAAAACAAUCAUCAAAUAAACUCGAAACUGGAAUGAAAAUUCCCGGAUUACCCGGCUAUCAAACACCAUCAGUGAAGCCAAAUAUUCCCACUGACAAUACUUAUGAUGAUUGUAUGAAUCUUGUACCCGAUGCUUCGCUCACAAAAAUAACCGAGGAAUCACAAUCGAGCGACAAUAUUUACGCCGUGAUUGAAGAAUCACUUCCUGUUGAAAAAAAUAAACAAACAAAACUCGAGGAUACAGAGUAUAAAGCUCCAAAACCAAUUGAAAAUACCGUUGACGGUCCAAUUGAUUCAAUGGGACUACUCUCGGAAAUUGUCUCCGAAAUAUCGAAUAGAAAUUUCGAUUCCAUUUAUUCAACAUCAACUUUGGCGAGAAAGAAAAAGAAAAAAGGAAAGGAAAAAUCUGAGAGCGAUGAAACUUACGUUAAUUCAACAAAUCAUAAAUCACCCGAAAGCAUUUAUUCUAAUUCCGAAUCGGGAAAUUUCAAUUCCGCAAGUUCAACAACAAGUUCCGGUUAUCUUCUACCCUCGGCUAUUAACAUUCCGAUUCAUUUAAAAACCGAUGACAAAUCACCAAAUUCAAAUAUCAAUCAACAAAUGUCCAAACAAUUGGGCAUGAAACCAAUUGAAAAUUUUUACAAACCAUUCACGUCAAAUGAUGGAAAAAUCAAAAAAAUCGACACAAAAAAUAGAGAAAAAAAAAAUGAAAAAGAAGAGGACAAAAAACCACCACUACGUACAAAAACAUCGCCUAGUAUUUCAAAAACGAAAAUUAUACAAAAAUCCGAAAAAGCAUCAAAAUCAAUUGACAAACCCAUUGGUUUAAGAAGUCGACAAAAUUCCGAUUCGAGUUUAAAAUCAGAAAAAAGUCUCUCCAAAUCAAAUAGUUUCGAUAAUAAAUCGACAAAUUCGGAGAAAAAUUCAUUAAAAAGUGUGCCUUCAAAUUCAAAAGAACGAUUCAUUAGUCCCGAUGUUGUUACAAGUUGCUCGAAUCCAAUUCAAAAUAGUACAAAAUCACCAGAUGUAUUGAUGAAUAAUAAAAUUGUUACAGCAAAAAUAAAUAAUCAUCAAAAAUCGGGAGUGGUGAAAAAUUUAAAAACACCAAUAAUGCCACCAAAACCAACGGGACUUAUUUCAAAAGCUGCGAGUUUUGCCGAAAAACAAAAAUCACCAAUAACAACAACUGCCAGUUUUAAUAAUGUAAUGACAAAAGUACAACAAUCUAAUAAGGAUGGAAAAAAUGAGACAAAAUCCACGGAAAUUGGAAUUAAAACCAGUAAUAAUAGUAAUAGUUUAGUUAAUAAAUUAGCCAACAAUAAAUCAAAUGUUGCAUCAUUACAACAGAAAUUUGAGCAACCUGUUAAAAAUUUAUCAAUGACAAAAUCGCUGCCACUUGGUAUUAAAAAAGACAUUAUUGGAAAAUCAUUAGAGACACAAAAUGCUAUUGAUAAGAAAUGAAAUUAAUUUUCAUUAUAAUUAAGCGAUUGGCGCUUUUGUUUUUGAGAUUCUAGUCUGGUUUUUUGUUUUCUUCUAUUUUUUUUAAAUGUAAAUAAGAAUUUAAAAGCGACUGAAAGUGUGAAGUUUAUGUUUUUGAGAAAUGGAAAAAUUUUCCAUUUUCUAAAUAUCACAAAUUUCAACUUUAUUGAAAGUGAUUUAUCACACGUAGUGAAUAAAUUUUUGAGAAUUGAUUCAGUUAAAUUUCUUUUUUGUAAAAAAGAAAAAUCUUGAGUUGAAUCAAUUUUAAAAAAUAAAAGAUGCCAUAAAGUUUAAAACGUAAUGCAAAAAAUAACAUUUUAACCAAAUAAAAAAAAAGCAUUUCUCAAUAUCUCAACAAAUAGAUAUAUUAAAAAUAAAAAAUUAUGAACGAUAACACUGUGUUCGAAAAGUGUAAAAAUGAAAUGUAUAUUGAAAAAAAAAAUUCAAAUGUAUUCAAUGGUUGUUGAUAUUCCAUUGAAUUUGCAUAAUAAUUGUUAUCCAUUAGGAAUAUUUUAGUUAUUAAUAUAUAUAUAUAUAUAUAUAAAUAUAUACAUAUGUAUACAUAAAGCUUUUUUUAUAUGUACACAGAAAAUAAUGACAAAAAAAGCAAACUGGUAGCAUUAUUUUUCAAAGUUUCACUCGAAAACAAAAUACAUAGGAUACAAUGAAUAUGUAAGUGAAUAAAUUUGCAAACUCUGUGAUAAUAAGUAUGAACGAAAAGCAAAUCAAGAUUGUAAAGAACGACCAAGUUUUGAAAACUUGACAAAAUGAAAAAUUCAAACAAAUCAUAUCUUAUUUAACUUUUUUCUUUCAAUAAUAGAAAAAAAUACUUUAACUAUAAUAUAAAAUAUUUUCUAAAAUAUUUCCAAUUUUUUUUUUAAUAUUCCAAAAAAUUAUAGAAAUUUUUAAAAAACUUUUAUUUUAAUUUUUGACAGUUCUUAACGUUUUUUUUUAAAUUUCUAAAUGUUCUUUAAAAUUAAUAGUUUGAAAUUACUUUUUUCACGCAUUUGCAAUUUUUUGACAUUAUUUUUCAUUUAAUGGAACGUUGAGACUUUCAGAUAGGUUUUUUUUU